AUGGAGAGAUCGUUAGGGUUAUUGAUAUUCCAGGAAGCAUCCCGAACAGAAUACACUCUCUUUGUUGCCAACCUCUCUCCUCAAACUAAAAUAAGAGAUAUCAUACGUUUCUUCAAUUUUGUUGAAAAAGUUUUAAGUGUUCGACUUAUUGUAAACCACGAGGGUAAGCAUCUGAGCUGUGGCUUUGUUGAGUUUGCUUCUGCUUACGAAGUAAAGAAGGCGCUGGAAGAUAAUAGAAAAUAUUUGCACGGUCAUCGAAUUUUCUUGAUGAAAAGAAAUGAUGUAACUACCGGUUUUGUUGAGGAAGGUACUGCUGUGAGAGAAAAGACACUCUUGGUUGCCAAUUUCUCUCCCCAAACUAAAAUAACAGAUAUAAUCAAUUUCUUCAAAGAUGUUGGAGAAGUUGUUCAUGUUCGACUUGUUGUAGACAACAUGAGCAAGCAUUGGGGCUGGGGCUUUGUAGUGUUUGCUUCUUCUUAUGAAGCAGUGAAGGCGCUGGAAACAAAGAACGGUGAAUAUUUGCACAAUUCCAAGAUUUACCUCGAUGUGGCUAAGGCAGCUCAAUGUCGUCCACGACCCAAGUAUUGCAUAGAUUACAAGGUUUGGUAUGAAGAAUAUCUUCAACGAGAAAGCCUUCGGAUAGAUGAAGAUGAGGCAGUGGAAGGACUUGAUGAAAUUCCCAAUUUGGUUGAGACCGUUUCCGCAAGAAAAAAGACGCUCUUUGUUUCCAAUUUCUGUAAUCCCCGAUAUAUAAUAUUACCAAAAAUCAUCGAUUUCUUCAAAGAUGUUGGUGAAGUUGUUCGUGUUCAAUUUUUUGUAAACAACGAGAGUAGGCAUGUGAACUGUUGCUUUGUUGAGUUUGCUUCUGCUAACGAAGCAGAGAAGGCAUUGGACACGAAGAACGGUGAAUAUUUGCGUAGUCGUGAGAUUUUUCUUGACGUGGCUGAGAUGGCUCCUUACCCUUUCCGUCCCGGGUAA